AUGAGGGAUAUGACUGCGUCUACUGGUGCACUGAACGAAGCUAUGGCUCACCAGCUCUUGCCCCAAGACGAGAAAAUCAACCUUCAUCAUCAUAAUCACCAUAUCAAAAAGGAACCUUUCCCAUCGGCACGACGCUCCACUCGCCAUGGACAGCAACGAGACGCCCUGAAGCAAAGCAUCUCUCGUGUCAGCCCUUCUCGAGAAAGAGAGAACAAGGACCCGAACAAACGUCGCAGUCGACUUGCAUGUGCCCGAUGCCGACAGCGAAAGAUCAAAUGCAGUGGCGAAAACGAAGACGGACAGGCUUGCACGAACUGUCGAAAUGCAGGCGAAGAAACAAGAUGCCAUUUCUUGAGGGUCAAAUCAAUGCAUUGUCCUGCCGUGGGUGGUGCUGCGAACCCUUCGCCACCCAACGUGAACAUGUAUGCUCAAAUGCACCAGAAGCUGGCUGCAGUGUCGAACGUACGGUACUCACCGUAUUCGCGGUCGCCAAACUACUACAUGGGACCAGUCGACACGCACUCUGCGUUUCCUCGGCAGUCAUACGGCGUCGAGCAUGGUGUCAACUACGAGGAUCCUUCUGCUGCAGUAUACAACGGCCAAGCUGCUGCGCACGUGCUGCCUAGUACACCACAAAACGUUUGGAAUGAUUACUACGGUAUAACCUGGAACCAGAGAGGAUGGAAUACAAAUGAGGCUGCGUUUCCGGAUCAAGGAACAGAGAAUCCCCUGAUCCAACCAGCCUAUUCCUACAUGCUCGCAGGACAGGGGACCCAUCGAAACGUUCCAAAUCCUACGUCACAGCCGCAACUGAUGACACCUUCGCCUGAGGUUACUUCUGGAAUGCCUUACCCCCCAGCCAGCGGAAGCCCUUGGGAGCAGAAAUGCACUGAUGCAACGACUCACCGUGGCUCGAUGCAAAGCAUGACCAACGAAUCCUUCCCCACAAGUCCAGAAACCCAAAUCAAACCAGACCCAGGAACUCAAGACAUGGUCUUGGGCUACGUCCCGACGAUUCUAUCGCAAAACACACCCACCAUCCCCAACGGCACAUAUCCAGCCCUCGACACAGUCAACCCAGUAAUGGCAGGUGACUUCCAAACACCACCCGAUACACAAUUCAUGAGAACCUUCUCACGAGACAGCCGUCUACUAUCCAUUGGUACCAGCAGUGACUACAGCCCGUCUGAUAGCUACCACUACAGUAGCAACGGCAGCAACAGCGGUAGCGAGCGCGGCAGGACCCAUUCCGAAGCAAGUGACUCUUCAGCAACAACGCUGGUUAACGGGUUUCCAUAUUCGCCUAUGAAGCAGGUCGAUUCUCAUGCCCACGCCCAGCACGGACUACAGUUCAAUCUCAUGGCGUCGGAUUCUAUGGCGGAUUAUCACCCGGAGAUGCAGCGGGCUCUUCAGGGUUAUUGA